ACCGAUUUCGGUAAGAAUACAACACAUUUGACUAUUGACUUUGAUAAGCUUCAGUGUUCUUACUAUUAAUAGAUUUUUGUUAACAACGGAAUCAAAACGGAACUGUUUUACAGCAAUGUAUUUUGUGUAUAAUGUUUACUCGGACGUACGUGUUUCUGUGCUGGUACCCUUGCAGGGUUCCAGAGGGUGCUUAAAAUACAUCUGACUGCAAAUGGGAAUUCUAGAACUUAUGCCUGUUACGUCAUCAAUACCUUCCAGGAAAACUCCAAUCAUUAUUGUCCGAAGGUUUAUAUACAAGAAAAAUAACUUGUCUCGACUGCAGUACCAGAUUUAAGCUGUCUUAGCCCCGAAAUUAAUGAAAUUGCGUUGGCACUUUAAACUUUAAACAGAACAGAACCGUGAACAAAGAGCAACCAUUAUCAAAACUAUUUAUUAUCAUGACCUGCAAGUCGAUUAUUUGGUGAACUGUUUGAUGAACUGACGUGCAAGUUCUUCAUCUUUAUAAAAUGGUUUCUCUAAAACAAACUGAAGAAGUUUACAUUGAGCACGGACAAACGUGGGAAAACGGUUGGGAUUCCUGUACUAAAAAAACAAACCAUGACGAUUUUAUCAAUAUUAGUGAACUUAUAGGAAAUAAACUUAUAAAUAAAGAUUAUCAUGGAGUUAAAAUUACCGAAGAUCUGAACACAUGUUUAUGUCUUUUGGCUGAUUUGACGGGCCGUAUACAAAUUCCUCUCGGUGCAGACAACAAAUAUGGUACCGGGUUUGUACAGAAAGUCAGGAAAAGCAAAGUGGGUGGGUGCCCAUGUCCCGAGUGUGUCAGGAACAAACAAUCAAAAAAAGAUUGGGCGAUUUUGUCAAUCACAAUUGUCUUGCAUGUGCUGCCGGAGCAGGCCGAAGCAGAGAAAUGUGUUCUACAUUUAUUCUGUGACGACGAGCAAAAAGCCGACGAGGUAAAAACCGACGAGCAAAAAGCGGACGAGCAAAAAGCCGAAGAGCAGAGAGCCGACGAGCAAAAAGCCGACGAGCAAAGAGCCGACGAGCAAAAAGCCGACGAGGUAAAAACCGACGAGCAAAACGCCGACAAGCAAAAAGCCGACGCACAAAAAGCCGACGAGGAAAAGACCGACGCACAAAAAAAGAUAGAGCCAAAAACAGUUUACGGACGGCGCUUGGCAGACACCGACAAAGAAAGGGGCGAUAACGAUUGGUGUUUUGUUGAAUGUGUCACACACGACAUGGAUCUAGUAGGAAAACUGGAAAAGACGAUAAAAGAUUUUAACGAUUUACAGAAGAAACUCUACCAACAGUAUAAAAACAACAAAGAGAAACAACUCGUGGUCAUCGUCUCGCAUCCCCACGGCGGGCCGAAGAGAAUCAGCUUUGGUCACACCGUGGAGAAGAAAAGUCUGAAGGACGUGCGAGAGAACCAGAACUGGUGCAACUACAGCUACAACACGGCCACAUGCCCGGGCAGCAGCGGGGCAUACGUGUUUAUCUUAGGGCAGCCGCUGUGUGGGUCGGGCUACUGGUUCGGUCACCCACACAACCACAGCCACUACACAGGUGCACAAUUAAUCAACUGCAGCUCCAUCGGCGUAGACCACAUCGGUUGACAGGUGCUGGUUCCAUCUUAGCAUGGGAUGAAGGAAACACCUCUAGAUCAGAAAUAUAUCCAAGAAAAUUUUCAAACUUGUAAAACAAUUAAUCCCCGUUUUUAUGUUUAAAGAAAUAUAAUUUACCUUAAAGUAAUGAUAAUAUUAUCAUUUUUUUAGUUUGAAUACAAAUUUAACAGUAUUUAUACAGAAAAUUAUGUACAAACUUGGAAUGCUGUAAAAUUUACGGCCCAAACACAAAUUAUAAUUAAAUAUUUUAAAAUUGUUUUCUGCGUGUAUUAGACAUAAUUUUCAGUUUCAGUGUGCCUUGUCAGAGUGUUUCCUAAUGUAUAAAUAUUUUUAUUAUUAUUUCUUUCUGGUGUAUACUUGUAUCCACAAUUAUUAGAAUGUUAUGUAUCUAAUAAACAUGAGAUUACUAAAGAUGGGCUUUAAAUGUGUGUUGCGGUGAUUUUUAAAGGUAGAAUUUUAAUUUAAAAGAAUAAAUGAUUGAUGCACGUCCGAUGUAUAUAGAAAAUUAAAAACUUUUAAUCAGACAAUGGUCAAGAUCUCUUUUAUCUAUUAAAUUUGCUACGUUUAAAAAGAUUUAAAAAUGUUUUUUUAAGGAAUAAAAUCUCCAAGAAAUAUGUGAGAAAAACUAGUCAAUAGUAUAAAAAAUAUAAAAAGAAAAAUUAAACCAUAUCGUUCACUUUUCUUUCAAUUCUAUUAACGUUAUAUCUUUUUUUGGAAAAUUUUAGGCAAAAUAUACAAUGAACAUUAGUUUAUAUAAGAUGCAAGAUAUGGGUUUAAUUAAUUAUCUCAGUUGUUUAAAAUUUUUCCCUUCCCAUUUCAAUCAAUCGCGAGUUUUUACUUUCUCGGAUACGAAGUAUAGAGUAAGUAUUGUAAUCGUGCGAAAAAUCUCGACGUCUUACACCUCCCUGCGUCGGAAAACCGUUUUGCAAGUUUGUCUGUAUGUCUCUGUGUGU